UCGAUCCUUCCAAGAGAUGAGAUAUGGGAGCAGAGAAAAGAAUUUCACAUAACGGGACAGGACAAGAGAAAGGAAGUGCUUUCUUUCUCUAAUAUCUUUCCCAUUAUAUUUUCUACUCAUUCAUGGGAAGGAAAAUUCCUUUGGGAGAGGUUCAUCCCAAUCAUCCUCUCAUUUAUUUCUUAUUUCUAACUGCUAGCAUUGCUGCAGUCAUUGGUAUAGUUUCAUCUCUUUGUGGUCUUUUGGAAAGAAUUAAAGGAUCCCCUACAGGGGCAGAGCCAGGAGGUAUCAAAGAAAAUGCAGUUGUUGUUAGGACUUCCUCGAAUGAGCCAGAAAAUAAUGCAACAAUAUCAGAUGCAAAUAAUGAGGAAUUAUCAACUGAUAAAAAAAGUGAGGAAAAUAUCUUGCAACAACCAUUGCCACCACCGCUAGCUCUGAGGACAGUCGCUUCUCAUAAUUUAAGGACUAAUUCAAUGGCACCUACUCGAGUUUCCAGGUCGAAUUCAAGCAUAAAAUCUCUACAGAGAAAAUUAAGUACAAGUAUGAGCAUGAAGGCAUUCUCGGGUGCAUUAACACAUCGUCAUGAAAAAAUUAAUUCAAAGUUGAUGAAACACGAAGACUCGAUCUGGAAGAAGCAAAUCAUCUUAGGAGAGAAAUGUAAAGUCCCAAAUCAUGAUGAAGAUGACGACACGGUUCUAUAUGAUGAAGAUGGGAAUAGAAUCUCAACUUAUCAUCCCAAACAACUCAAUGUCAUGUCCAUAUCGAGGCAAUCAUCAGAGAUAGAUGCAAAUGCAAUUCCAAAAUGAAGAAAAAUGAUAUAUGUAAAGAAGGAAAGAAACUAGGUAGGAAUGAAACACAAAACUUAUGUAUAGAACAAUUUUGUUUCUUCUGAA